AUGGCGCCCCUCCAGUGGGAUGGACCUAAAGAGCACACAUCUGACUUCAGCAGAUGGUGGAGUAUGUUAAUGGAAGUGCAGGUGCGAAAGGAGGGAAGGGAGCACAUAAACUUAACAGUGGAAAUACUUUGGCAGAUCUGGAAAGUUAGAAAUGAAGCUGAAUUUGAAGGGAAGGAUAGACAUCCUAUGCAAGUCAUUAGGAAAGCCAUGAAGGAUUGGGAGGAGUAUCAACAAUCACAACAAAAACAACAUCAGUUGAGCAUUCUCGAAACAGAAACAGCACAAGAUGAGGAGGAAUGGAUGGGGGAUGAGGAGUGCUUGCUGAACAUUAGUGUUGAGGUGGGUCAACAUGUCGAGGGCCAAAAUAUGGGAAUUGGAGUGACAGCAGAAAACAAUCUGAGCCAAAGACGUGAAGCUUGGAUACUGAGCGAGAGAAGCACUGGUUCAGCAGUUUUGGACAAUCUCUUGGCCAUAAAACUGACACUUCAGAAGCUCAAGGACAAAGGUUGGCAGCAUGUCAAUAUUCGAACUCCAUGCAGUCAGGUUCUUAAUAUGAUACGCUAUCAAGUUUCUGGUAACUUAAGGCUGACAACUCACUUGGACGACAUAAAAGACUUUUGCUCAAUGUUUAGGAAAUGCUCAUUUGAUAGUUUGCCUGUUGCUAUGGAUAGACUCAGUACUAAACUGAGUAGAUUAGCUAUGAUUAUACUUUGA